UUAAAAUUCAAAAUGUAAAUACUUCCACUCGGUUUAACAACUUUGACAGUACCCUUGUACUCUUCAACAUAACCCUAAAGAUGCACGGUAAAUUUUCAUUAUAGUCAGAUCAGUUGCAUCAAGAUCUCAGAACAUACUCAAACAGGUGAUAUGAUGCAUUCCAUCUCAGAAAUGGACCCGUUUCUCUACAAAUGUUUGAACUUUUUUUUUUUUGCCUAAAAAAAUAAAUACAACCCGAAAUAUAUUUGAAAGUUCAAGUACAUUAUAAUUUUGCUGUGGGCUGAAUGUUUUUUCAUUCAUUGUUUUGACCGUUUUUGUUUAAAGAGUUUUAUUAAACCUUUAAAAGAAAUAUGAACUGACUUGUUAAUCAGGGCCACUUUAGCCACAUUAUAUUAAUGAUAUGAAUAAUUAAUUUGUAUUGUAAAUCUAUUUUCCAGUGAUUCUUUAAUAGCUUAAUAAUUUAAAGGAAAUGUCAGAGGAAAAUCAGGUUCCACUUCCUGGAGCAGUCAGGCAUAGUCCUAAUUAUUUAAAUGUAAUUUGUAGCCUUGAUACUCAGAAAAUGAUUAAAAAGGGAAUAUUUUAUGAGAUAAACAAUAAAAUAAGACCCAUUCAUAUUGAUACAGUCUGCAAUUACGCAUCUGAAUUCUGUUUAACGCGCUUUCUUUAUGUACAAUAAAACUACAUUUCCCAUGAUGCAGCAUUUUGUAGAGGGGAAUGGCUUAGAGGCGCGGGUUGAGAUAAUACGCAUUUGAAACAAGAAAUGGCGGAGAAAAAUUUGGAAACUGGACAAGACGGCUGCCGAAGUUUCGCCGUCGCUGAUAUCCAGAAUGAGGUUGACACAGUGAAGCAGACAUCCAAAAGAUGUUCUACCGAAAACACAGGCACAGCUCCCCCACACAAAUCUCCCCGAACCGACAUCCCAUCUCCAACCACACAGACCCCUGAAACAGAAGCAGGACGAUCAGAAAUGGACAAACAAGAAAUGCAGACAGACAACACUGAGGAACCGCCGCCUGUGAGCCCAACUGCACGGAGGAAAUCAUGGAGAAGGGCCACCUUAACCCGACGAUCUCUCCCUGCCCUUCCCAACCCUUACCAGUUUCUCUGCAGGAGUAUAAGCACAUCCUUAUCGCAGCAAGAGAGGCUGGAGAAAUUAAUGGAGGCUUCAAUGAGAAUGGCAAUUGAUAGAACUAAAAAUUCGCUUCAAGCAGUACCAAGCGCUUCAUUGGAGACUUUUCAGAAACAAGUUGAAUACAUACAGAAAGAAUGGAGUUGCCUUGCUGAAAGCAUCCGCAGUAAACCCCAGGGAUUACAGCUGCAUGCUAGUGCAGCCAGUUGUAGAGAUCCUGCAGCGCAAAGAGCGAUGGAAAAAAUCAAGAAAGCCAUUAAUAGGCUUGAGACUGAAAGUGAAUCUUGGGAGUCACUACUGAACAAACAUCGGAGUAAAGCAGAACAGUUGGAAAGGAAAGUACAGCAAGGCCAGGAGAGGGGUAUACCGCUAACCACUACAUCUGUGGCUGGGUCCUCACAAUACACAUUAAUACAGAGCAAACCUGACUAUCACGGUCUCCUCUGUAGACAACAGCCAGUGCUUCAAACCAUGGAAAUGAUUAUGGACUCUCAGUGUAAAAUGGUUCGAAAGCUUCUUUCCAUCAAAGAACAGUCACAAUUACUGGUUAAAGAGACGAGUGGCCGAUUGGCUGCAGACUCAGGAUUCCAGGAUCUUUCACCUGACCUUGUCAAGAACCUAAUGGCACCACCUUUAUCGUCUGCAGCCAAAUAGACACUUUGGCAGAAGCAAAGCACAGGAAAUCAAUUCUCUUAAUGGACCAAUCCUUUAAUGACUUGUAUGUGAUCUUCAUGUAUGUUUACUGUCUGGUUAUUUUACUGUUAUAGAAUAUGGUUUUGAACCAUAAUGUUUUUGUCCUUUUUUUUGUUUUAUUGUAUAAUAAGUUUGUAUUUUAUCUUAUCCAGUUGAAUAAAAUCAAAAUUAACUACCUGAA